GAGGGUCUCAGAAUUCUGGCUCUCCGCUUGCUGUGUUGCCAUCGCACCGUUUUGUGGCUCUUGCGAUCACUUUGCUCGCUUUAUUUUCGACCCAGGCACUCGCGAAUUUUCGACGCAGGUGUUGAUAAUACUAGAGGGAGUUUUUUCUCGUUGUAUUUGGCCCUGGAAAACGUACGGUGGGAGUAUUCUCCUUGAUAUGACGGGGGGGGCUGAGCAUUUGGCUUCAAACGAAAAGUUUCCACUGAUACAUCUGAGAUUAUUCUCAAACGUGAUUUACGGAGGCUCACGCCUACCACAUUCCCUGGUUGAAGUUUUAUUUUGAAGCUUGCGUAAUCUGUUUAAGAUGGACAACAAUUUGAUAGGCUUGGUGAACCGGAUUCAACGAGCUUGCACUGCUUUCGCCGACUACGGUGGCGAAGGUGCAGUCGCAAGUCUUUGGGAAUCCCUGCCAUCAGUCGCCGUGGUGGGAGGCCAGAGUUCUGGAAAGUCUUCAGUUCUUGAGAGUAUUGUUGGCCGUGACUUCCUUCCCCGUGGUUCAGGUAUUGUGACUCGGCGUCCGCUUGUACUGCAGCUGCAUAAGACUGAAGAUAAAUAUGAGUAUGCAGAGUUUCUUCACUUGCCCAAGAGGCGGUUUACUGAUUUUGCUGCUGUCAGGAAAGAGAUUUCAGACGAAACUGAUCGGAUCACUGGCCGCUCGAAGCAGAUCUCUCCUGUGCCGAUUCAUUUGAGUGUUCAUUCCCCCAAUGUGGUGAAUCUUACUCUUAUCGAUCUACCGGGUCUGACCAAAAUCGCUGUUGAGGGUCAAUCCGACAGCAUAGUUGCUGAUAUCGAGAAUAUGGUUCGAUCUUACAUUGAAAAGCCAAACUGUAUCAUUCUCGCUGUGUCUCCAGCCAACCAGGAUAUUGCUACUUCAGAUGCUAUUAAAAUUGCGAGAGAGGUUGAUCCACAAGGUGAAAGAACUUUUGGUGUUCUCACCAAGCUGGACCUUAUGGACAAGGGUACCAAUGCUCUUGACGUUUUAGAAGGACGCUCCUACAAAUUGAUGCAUCCGUGGAUUGGAGUUGUAAACCGUUCUCAGCAAGACAUCAACAAGAGUGUGGACAUGAUUGCUGCAAGGCGUCGAGAACGGGAGUAUUUUCAAACAAGUCCAGAUUAUGGCCAUCUUCAGAGCAAGAUGGGGUCAGAAUAUUUGGGCAAGAUACUAUCCAAGCAUUUAGAAGCUGUAAUCAAGUCACGGAUUCCUGGUAUACUUGCCAUGAUCAACAAGAUGAUUGAUGACAUCGAGACUGAGUUGAACCAGAUUGGUAGGCCUUUGGCGAACGAUGCGGGGGCCCAACUCUAUACUAUCCUGGAGCUUUGCAGGACCUUUGAUCGUAUUUUUAAGGAGCAUUUGGAUGGAUCACGACCCGGCGGAGAGAAAAUCUACGCAGUCUUUGAUAAUCAAUUACCGGCCGCAAUGAAGAAACUUCCUUUCGAUAAGCAUCUGUCUAUGCAGAAUGUCCGAAGGAUCGUGUCUGAAGCUGAUGGAUACCAGCCACAUCUUAUUGCACCAGAGCAAGGGUAUCGGCGCUUAAUUGAGAGUUCUCUUGUUUACUUUCGAGGACCUGCUGAAGCAGUUGUUGAUGCGACACAUUUUAUUUUAAGGGACCUUGUCCGAAGGUCAAUCAGCGAGUGCACAGAAUUGAAACGUUUUCCAAGCCUUCAAGCAGAACUUACCCAAGCAGCUAUUGAGGCCCUCGAGAGAAUGAGAGAUGACAGCAAGAAGACUGCUUUGAGAUUAGUCGAUAUGGAGGCUAGUUAUUUUACGGUCGAUUUUUUUAGGAAACUUCCUCAAGAAAUAGAGAAAGGUGGUAACCCAGCUGCGUCAACCUCGGACCGUUAUACCGAUGGUCAUUUACGACGAAUUGGUUCAAACGUGUCAGCAUAUAUUGUUAUGGUCAGUGAUUUGUUGAAAAACUCUCUACCCAAAGCAGCCGUGCAUUGUCAAGUCCGAGAGGCAAAACGCUCUUUGCUGGAUCAUUUUUACACUCAAAUCGGCAAGCGAGAGGGCAAACAACUUUCACAAAUGUUGGAUGAGGAUCCUGCUUUGAUGGAACGCAGAGUUCAACUGUCGAAGAGGCUUGAGCUUUACAAGCAAGCCCGGGAUGAGAUUGAUUCUGUGGCAUGGGCUAAGUAAAGCAUACAUCUGGACAGCCUGAUUUUUAAUACCGCUAAUUAUGCACUAACUGUAUUGCUGGAUUUGAAAGGAACGCUACUGCAUAUAUGCUUGCAUCUUUCAUGCUGGAUGUAUGACUUCGUGAGUGGGAGUUUAGUAAAGAUUUUAUCCUGGCUAUUGAGCCAGGCUUUUUGUAUACUGGUAGGUGGGUAGUGUUUUCCCUUCUGAGGAUCCAAUACUGUGGACUCUUUUGGCUCAUGGUAUUCUUCCGGAAUCAGUCUUUGUCUCAUUGGGAGCCUUUAACUCAAGGUUGCAGUAGUCAGUGACAUAGCAUAAAAGAUUUGUAAUUACUGGAGCAAAUUACUGUAUCCCUUUAUAUUCUGGCAUGAUUUCAUGAAUUUGGUCGCCUUUGUUUUCA